AUGACUGUCGCUGGUGGUCUUACGAGUGGUUCUGGUUUGAAUCAACUUUGUAUUCCAGUUGAUAUGUUUGUUGAUAGUAAUGAUGCUAUUUACAUCGCAGAUUUUUUUAAUCAACGUGUUAUUAAAUGGGAUAAAGAUGCCAGUCAAGGUUAUAUUGUAGUUGGUAGCAAUGAGAAAGUAAAUCAAAUCGAUCAAUUGCAUUACGUAACGGCAAUGUUUGUCGAUAGUAAGGAGAACAUCUAUGUAUCAGAUAAUUACAAUCAUCGGAUUCAAAAAUGGACUAAAAAUAGCAAAAAUGGAGAAACAGUUAUUGGCAAAUCUGGUCGUGGCAAUAGCUUAAAUCAAAUUAGUAAUUGUUGGGGUUUAUAUGUAGACAAAAAAUUCAAUGUUUAUGUGUCUGAACAUUCCGCUAAUCGUGUAACGAAAUGGUCACCUGGUGCAGAAACGGGAAAAAUUAUUGCUAAAGUAGGUAAACCGAUAGAUAUUUAUGUUGAUGAAUCAAAUGAUGAUCUAUAUGUCGCAAGUUAUCAAGAAGAUUCUAUCUUACAUUUUAAUACAGAUGGUAUAUUGAUUCAUAAAAUUGGAAAGGGUGUACUCAAGCAUCCUUACGGCUUUGCAAUUAUGCCCGGUUCAGAUCCAACUAAUCCGACUGUUAUUAUUGCAGACAGCGAACAGCAGAGAAUAGUAAAAAUGAAUAUGAACGAUCCGAAGACAAUAACAAUUAUAGCUGGUAGUAUCAACACAUCAGGUAAAGAUCCAAACGAAUUUAAUGAACCACGAAGAGUUCGUUUCGAUUCUAAAGGCAAUCUGCUCGUGCUUGAUUCAAAUAAUAAUAGAGUACAAAAACUUUUGAUCAAGAAUAAUAAUUGCAAUAUAUACUAUUGA